UGGGUUCAGAAAUAUGUUAGGCAAUAUAUAAUGAUAGCUAUAGCCUAGGAAGAGUCUACUUCGCUGAUGCAGGCUCGCCACACGUUGUAGCAAAUCAGGAGGCACAUUUAAGGCAGACGAUAUGAGAUGCACGCAGUAACCCAACCCAAGUGGAUCGAGACGCCCGCUCUCGGCUUCAGCACCAUGAACAGCAGGCUUGAGCAACUCCUAAUCUAAACUGUAUGUGGCUGUAACACUCCUUUACUGACAGGAUCGUUGAAGGAAGGGACAAGAGCACGCAGUUAUGUACUAAAGAGCUAAGAAGAAAGGGCAUCAUUACGUGUAAAUUAACGAGAGAGAGGGAAUUUUCGGAAACCUUUAAGGAUGGACGUGCUAAUGAAAGGACUGUCCAAAGCCAAAGAAGGGGUCGUGGCAGCUGCAGAAAAGACUAAGCAGGGAGUGGCCGAAGCAGCGGGCAAGACAAAAGAAGGCGUUUUGUAUGUGGGCUCCAAGACCAAAGAUGGAGUAACAUCAGUUGCAGAAAAGACGAAAGAACAAGUCUCCAAUGUAGGAGGCGCCGUAGUCACAGGAGUGACAGCCGUGGCACACAAAACAGUGGAAGGAGCAGGAAACAUUGCAGCUGCUACAGGUUUGGUGAAAAGGGAUCACCUGGGAAAACAGAAUGAAGAUAUGCUUUCCCAAGAAGGACUAAUGGACAAUACAGCAGAUUAUCCUUUGGAUCCUGAUGAUACAUAUGACAUGCCACCAGAGGAUGACUGUCAAGAAUAUCAGCCUAAUGCAUGAAGACUACAAAACAGAAAAGCAAAUAGGAAGACAUUUAAUAUCUUCUAACAAAUUUCUAGGUGUGCAGCAGUGAAUUAUUAUACUGUCCGUACAGUGUGUUUUGAAGUCUUCCAUCAGUGGUAAAUGGAGUCUUUACACUUCUGACCAGCUGCUAUUUCAGUGAUUCCCUCCCACUGAAAUGUAAGUCUGAUCAGGGAGAGAUUUUUCUGUGCUGUGGACAUUGUGGCUUUAAGAGUAAAAAAAAGUAAUUAUAAUAAUUUAAGUGUAAAAUGGUUUGUAAAUCCUAAAAAGAAUAUGUAAUAAAAUAUUUUGUGAUCUGUAUUUGUUUAAAUGGUUACACAAUGCUGAUUUUGUAUGUUUUUUAUGUAUGAGACCCAAACAUGUAUAUGUGUUAAUACUUCUGUGACUACUGACACACUGAAACUGACUUUGUCAUGUCUUUAUCACGUCUGCAAUGCUGGCAUAUUGUUUGUGACUUUAGGGGAGCCAAUAUGACAUUUUUUGAUUUGCAUUGAUUUAUUGAUUUCACACUAGGAAAUAAAUACUAGGAAAUUUGGGUUAAAUAAUACAUAACUGAUGUUGGACAGAAAUGUGAAAGUAAUUUUAAAUAUGCAGGCCCGAAGCCUAUUCCAGCUUCUUCUAUUCUACCUACUUCUGUAUAGUUUCCCACCACAGCAGUUGGCAAUGAAAGUGUGUUCACUCUCAGCAUUUCUCUUUCAAACAUUAAUCUUUGAAGAGUAUUAUAGUGAUGAGUUUAAAAGGUCUGGUGUGAAAAUUACCAUUCCUUUCAUGAAAGUACAGCUUUUAAUGCAACUUAAGUUUGAAAAGUUAACACAAAGUGUUGUUUUGUCUUCUUUUUUCAAAGUCAUAGGAAUUAACUAAGAACCAAUGCAGAAUUCUGCUGUCACACACUAUGCCAGUUUUUACCCUUUGCCACAUCCAACUUAGGCAAGCACUAACUGUCAUAUAACUUGCAGCUCAUUUCCUCUCAUUGAAACCCUUUAAUAAUUAAAUAAAUAUGUGGCUAAGUAUUGUAACAAGCUUUUUUGUUCACUCACUGCUUAUUAAAGGGUUACAGUUGUAGUUUGAGUCCAAGCCACUCCUAUGUUUCUGCUUUCCUCUUGAUGCCCCUUAUGCUUUUGUCCUCUUUCAUAAUGAAUUCACUAAACAUUUGAUUAUUGUGUAAUGUUUAUGCUGUUAAACUUUCUCACAGUUAAAAUUUUGAUGUUGCCACUCACUUGCUAUUUGUCCAUGCCAUACCUCACAUAGCUACAUUUGCCAUCUCCCGAGGUUGUGUUGUCUUUAUCUGUUUUAUCAUUUAAGCAAGCUCUUUAUACUUAUGCAGCACUCCUUCAUUAAGUCAGUUUCUUAAGCUUUGCUUUGUGGUUUUCCUAUAUUUAUGACCAGUUUUAUAUUUUGUGUUUGAAAUUGCUUGAUAUGUGUUUAGAUCUUUUAUCUGUACUUUCUACUACAUCUUUAACUUCUCCCUGUUUCUUGUUUUUAAUCAACUGAUUUUGAGGUUUUUCUAUUGACUAUGUCUCUGUUACUCUCUGGUUGUCUGUCCCAUUAAAUAAAGUCCAUGUUUUAACAAUGCUGA